GCUUGAUCGGGCCAUUCUCUUUAGUGUUUGCCUUGUCGCCCCAUGUCCACCCCUCAAUCGCCCCCAUUUUGAUUUAAAAUAACAUGAAUGACCCCUUAAAAGUGGCAAUUGAGUAAUUUGGACGACAUUGAACGAGUGCGUUCGAUUGACCAGCUUUAAAUCUGACAGGAGGACAUAAAGUUUCCCCAUCAUUGCUACACUGAAAAGUUUCUUAUCAAAGCUGUCCUCCCUGACAAAGCCAGAGCAGCAAGGAUGUCCCAGCUCCAGUUCCAGUGUCCGGCCAGUCCCAUGCCUGCGGCCGCCGCCCCACUGCAGCUUGGGCAGCCUCAGCAGUCUCAGCCUCAGCCAGGCUUCAGCAUCCCCUGUGCCACGAGCACGUUGGCGUCGGAGAGCGCCAGCCAGCCCGUCAGGAGCUCCGCUCUCCCUGCGGGCUCAGCCACGCCCUACACUACCAUCACAGUAUCUAACAUGGCAAACCCUAAAGAGAAGACCCCCAUGUGUUUGGUGAAUGAGUUAGCCCGUUUCAACAAGCUCCAACCUGAGUAUAAGCUACUGAGCGAGCAAGGACCGGCUCACUCCAAAAUUUUCUCAGUCCGGCUCACACUGGGAAAUCAGCACUGGGAUACCGAGGGGACCAGCAUCAAGAAGGCCCAGCAUUCUGCUGCUACAUCUGCCCUGGCUCAUACCGUACUUCCCAAGCCCACCAUCAGGACAUCACGCAACACAGGCAAGAACCCAGACGGUAUGAUUCAAAUCAUGGAGUUGAACGCAUUAUGCUCAAAACUUUGUAAAAAGCCCAUAUACAAACCCAUCGACCAAUACCCGAUGAGACCACCAAACAUGAAUUAUGGUGUCCGUUUCGGGGGGCCCUAUCAGCGCUCUAUGCAACAUUACUACUACCCAUUUGCCCCCAUGGGACCAGUUGUCUACCACAUGGAACUAUCAAUUGGAGGCCAGCAGUUUAUCGGGAGGGGACGCACGCGGCAGCUCGCCAAGCAGGAUGCUGCCAUGAAGGCCCUUAAAGUCCUGCAGAAGGUGCCCAUAUUGCAGCAAAUGCCAGAGGUAAACGAAGAGCCCGAAGAAAACCUCAAUAAGUCAGAAAUCAGUCAAGUGUUUGAGAUUGCACUGAAGCGCAACCUACCUGUGAAUUUUGAGGUGUUAAAAGAAGAAGGCCCGCCACAUAUCAAGAGCUUUGUAGUGCGUGUUGCAGUGGGAGAGUUCACUGGAGAGGGAGCGGGUAAGAGUAAAAAGAUCGCCAAAAAGUUGGCAGCUGCCGCAGUGCUCGGGGAUUUGAAGAGGCUACCUCACAUACCCAGCAUGGAGAAGACGCUGCCGCGCAUCAAGAAGAAAACCAAAUCCAUCAUCAAGUUGCAGACAAGCCCGGAAUACGGCCAUGGAAUGAAUCCCAUCAGUCGUCUGGCUCAGAUCCAACAGGCCAAGAAGGAGAGGGAGCCAGAAUACAGCAUGGUGACGGAGAGAGGACUGCCGCGGCGUCGGGAGUUCGUCAUGCAAGUGAGAGUGUGCGGCCAGUCUGCGGAGGGCAUGGGGCCGAGCAAAAAGGUGGCCAAGAAGAACGCGGCGGAGAAAAUUUUGGAGAUUCUGGGAUACAAAGCGCCUCAGCCUCAGCCCCCUAAACCGGCACUUAAAACUGAAGAGAGGACACCCGUGAAAAAGCCUGGUGAUGGACGCAAAGUGACAUUUUUUGAGCCUGGCUCUGUGGAGGCGAUGCCACUGGGUUCCAAGGAGGAGGAGUUCCGCUUGCGUUACUUAAGCCACCAGCAGCUGCCUGCUGGGAUCCUACCCAUGGUACCUGAGGUGGCUCUAGCAGUCGGGGCCUGCCAAGGACCCCAGGCCAAGGACUACACACGAGCAACACCAAACCCAGGCAAGGCCACUGUCACUGCCAUAAUUGCCAAUGAGCUGCUGUACUCCGGCACCUCCCAGACAGCUGAGACGAUUCGGAAGAGCAAAAAUAUCCUGACCCAGACGCCCCACGGGCCCCUCACCAGGCCCUCGGAACAACUCGCUUAUCUUGCAUCUGUGCAGGGUCUGCAGGUGGAAUACAAAGAUUUCCCUAAAAAUAAUAAAAACGAGUUAGUAUCGCUGAUUAACUGUUCCUCCCAUUCACCGCUCAUCAGUCAUGGAAUGGGAAAAGAUGUAGAAUCCUGUCAUGAUAUGGCUGCACUUAAUAUAUUGAAAUUGCUCUCGGAGUACGACCAGCUGUCAAACGAGCGAACAGGAAACAGAGCAGCCUCUGGAUGUGGCAAACAAGAGGUUGCGGUCGAGCUGCACCCCAAACCAGCUAACUCAAGCACACUGGCCCAGCCACUGGACGGCAGCAUUUAGACCAUCAUGUAGGCUUGAGUGUAAAAGCACUAGAGUAAACUUGAAGACACUGUGUUCAAAAACGCUGCAGAUACAUUUGGCGGCCGUACACGCUCAAACGUCAGUCAUGUUCACUGUUGCACCAUAUUCACAGUUAAACAAUUGAACUGAACAUUUUGGUUUUGCUCUCCUUGAUGUUGUUUAAUUGUGCAUUCUUUUGUUGCUCUGUAGUGGAAAUAGCUGCAUCCGAGCCAGUGCUUUUGGGGCUUCACUUGGAGGGAUAAACUGUGAAAUAUGUCCUGUUGAUGCUUGUUUUUAGGUAUUCUGUGUUAUUAACACUUUAAGGUUCUACAUGAAAAAGUCCCAAUUCCUUUUCUUUUUUUAUUCCCCAAAUCCUGGUCUAGGGUGCAGCUGUCGAUGUUCUUGCAGUGCUUUUGUUCAAAAACCACAAGUGAGAUGUUACUGACAUUUACUGUGCAGGGCCAGGGAAAAAAAUGUUACUGUAAUUGUAGCCUGUGAUGUUGUAUCCACUGUGUAUGGUUGGGCAGUCUUACUCCCUUUUUCCUCAUUUAUGUCAGCCUCCUGUCUCCUCAAGAUAAUUAAACCUGCGUGCUCUUAUGCACAAAAGAAA